AUGGCACAAUUUAAUUUUUAAAAAGCUAAAUUAUAUAGGAAAACGCGGGAAACUCAAAAACUUGAAACUGUUAAACCGACACCAAAAACUGUUUCAAAAUUAAUUUAAAUACAAAAAUGAAUAUGAAUCCUGUCUCCAAGACGAAUUCGUGGUCCACCUCAAUCGAUAAACUUAUGCUAUGGAGAGGAAGUUGGACAAAAUACGAUUCUAAAGUAUCGAACCCGCUCUUGCGUAUACACUACGAUCAACUUUUAGUUACUGCUGAAACAAAGAUAUUAGAAUCGUUUAACAUGCACAAUAAAAUAAAAGGGAUUUAUAAAGAAGACAUACUGAUCUUAAUUGUUAGCCAUUCUAGUAAAGAAAUAAGGAAAAUAAAGUUUCAAAUAAAAUAUGACGCGCCACAGUGCCUUCAGAGACUAAGCAAACAUUUUCCUGUGAUACACUACAAUCAUCAGGCGAAUCACAAUAUCGAUGUUAAAUAUCGAAACGUUGAUGAGGUCCUAAAAUUAGCAUUAGAAAAUAAGGAGAAAACAAAACCUUCCAAUUUGCCGUCAACGGCAACUUUGAGCAAUUUCGUAAAAUUGUGUUUGUUGGAUCCAACCUUCCCGCAAUUAGUUUUAGAAACAGAAAAAGUACUUAACGGUGAACUUUUCAAGAAUUAGAAUAAAUAAGAUUAAUUAUUUAUGAAAAGAAGGUUCAUUUUUGUGCAAUACCUAUUUUAUUUACGAACGCAUCAAUAACUUUGUAUGUACCGUUACUUCAUAUAUUAUCUGUGGCAGAUAUUUUCUGUUUGUGUUUUGAAAUUUGAAAAUUAAACGAAACGAUCGCAUUAACUUCUCUAUUUAUUUGUGAAUUUAUUGUGUCUAAAGUGAAAUAAAUUGCAUAAAACUACUUGUUUUCUCUCAUUAAGUAUGAAUCCGAAUAGAUAUAUACCCGGUCAGUCCAGUGUACUCCGAAAAUCGAGACUUGAGGGCAAAGUCUCGUUACUGCCAAAGCCGCGUCGUCCGGGCUCCACGGACCGCUUGUCCACGGAGGCGCGGAGGCCUAGCGCUGCGGGGCAUCGGUCUAGCAGUGCGGAGCCCGCUAGAGGGACAUUUGGAGUCGGCAGACUGAGUAGAGAGGCUUCUGCUACUAAGAUACCUUUGAAUGGAAGAUCUCGGUCCCAGCAAGGAGACAGGUUCGGCCAGUCUUCUAUGACACCUCUGAGAACCAGUAAUUACGCUGGCAGACCAACCACUACGCCUGUUAGGACUCCAUCAGAGGAUCGGGCCAGUCGUAACUGGCAAACAUCUUUGGAUAGAGCACUGGCAUUUGUUACCAUCAAAGAUCAGAGGCCUAUCUCAGCUGUAGCAUGGCAGCGCUCGGAGUGCGGGCGCGUGGGCGAAGCCCUGGCAGCACGGGCGGGGGGCGCAGGCCCGGCCGCCGCCCUCAUACGCCCGCUCACCAUCGCCAGAUUUGUGGAAAUAACCUCAGCUCUGUUGUCAGGCAUCACUGGAGAUGCUAAGCUUAACACUGAUAAUUAUGUUACCAAGCUCCCGCACUUGUCAAAGCGCGCGUUAUACCCGGGCACAGUGUCCAAGUCCUGGCUGAAGACCGUCAACACUCUGCACGCAUUCCCACAUGCAUUGGCGCUUAUUGCGUACCUGCUGGAUCUUGUCAACCAUAUCGAAAGGCCAAUUCUGGACGAUUGGAUUUACAUAAACAAAGAUGAAUUGUCCCGUUUGCGCAGAGACUAUGUGCGCAAGUGCUGGAUCAGAUUUCAGGACCCGGAACUGCCGUUUGAUGAUUUAAAUGAGGAGUAUCUGCAGAAUUUAAAAGAGCUACUUGGUAAUGAUGAGGAAAAGAUUGUUGAAUUGCAACAGACCAUUAAAAAGUACGAGACAGUCCUGGAAGACGAGGUGGAAGCCGCAGCCCGGGCAGAUGAAGCCCGGCGCGCGGAGCGGCGUGACGCGUUACUGUCGGCGCUGAAGGCGCAGCGCUCCGAGCGCAGAGCUGAUAGAGUUCGGUACGACGAGCUGUGUGUGAUGAGGAACGAUCUCAAUGAGAAUAUUAAACAUGUGGAGCAGGAGAUUGAGAGGGCCACCGCCGAAAGCCAGCAACUGAAACAAGAGCUAGAGAGUCAGACGAUGAGCGUGGAGGAUCGCACCAAGCUGCUGGACGAAGUGGACUACGCGCUGCGGGUGCAGGACUCCAAGAGAUCUCUCGCUGAACAGAUCGGGAAGAUGCUGUUAAGCAAGGAGACAGAACUAGCACUGUGGCAGAAGAAGUCUCUAGACAGCUGCUUGGAGUACAAGCAGGGUCUCAUUCACCUGUCUGCGCAGUUCCCUCAUCUCGCACACCUUGCCAUUGAUGAGAAAGAUCUUAUGUCGGUGUCGUGUGCUGAGCGUGUGUCGGGCGGGCUGGCGGAGCUGCGCAGUCUGGCAGCGACGCUGGCGCAGCGCCGCGCAGACCAUGCCAGAGAGAGGACUGCGCUCGCUAGGAAACGAGCUGCGCUGCUGGAUGAAACCCGCGCAGCUCUUCGCGAAAUACGCAGCUCAGUAUCGCGCACACAAUCUGCUCUGGACAGCGAGCGCAGCGCAGAAGCUCAAGCAGCUGCUUCAGCCGCCGCAGAGCUGAGCCGUCUGCGCGCCGCAGCCGAUGAGCUGCGGCAACGUGCUGAGAUACAUGCUGCGGCUGAAUCUGAACGGGUGUUUUGGGAGGAACAGCAUCAAAAAUGGACCAAAAACUUGACGGCACUACAAGAGUACAUCGAGACCCAACGCGCUGAGUCUAAACGUCUGUUAGAGUCGGCGCGAGAUAAGAGAGUCAAACUUAUUACGAAUAACCUGCAACAGUGGAACGAGAAACUGAACCAAUAGUUUAAUACAGACUUAUGUAAUAAUUACUGUUUCUAAACCCCACUCUUUUUUUUAUUAUAUUCAAUUUACAGAUACAGUUUUUUACAGAUUUAAAAUAGUAGAAGGUUAAUGUUCGAUGGGUGAAAUUUGGCUGAUUCAGAUAGGUUGACCUACAUGUGUAAGGUUGUAUUAUGGUACUAAAAAAUAACGUGAUAUGAAAUGAGUAAUGUUUUAAGGUAAAGGUAGCCCUUCCAUUCACAUAAUAAUUAGUUUCCGACCGCGGUUUCAUCCGUAUGGAAAACUAUUUCUCAUAUUCUAAAUAGCGUUUAAAAAUUGAUUUUUUAUUCGCGUUUGUGUUCGUUACUAUUGAUAUAAUUGUCGUGUAACUAGUUUUGAGUGUACACAAUAUUGCAGAAUUGUAUGCGCUGGCGCUUAUUGUGACGACAAAAUGUAAAUAAGUAAUGUAUGUUUAAGAUUUUCAUUAUGUAAUGUAAGUUUUGCAUGUCAUUAAAAUUAUGUCAAUUAUAAAGGCUUAACCCCUUACUUAUAAAAUCUCUAAUCACCUUCUAAGCAACAUUUUAACUAAUCACUACUUAAAGUCUUAAGUAGUGAUUAAAUGUUAGUUAAGACAUAUUGCUUAUGCAACGUUUAUAAGUAAGAAUUUUCUUAAACAGCCCUUAAGUAUUACUUAUAUUUAAUUCACGUUUAUAAGUAAGGGGGUUUAUGUAUAAGAUAAUAAAACUACUUCAAUAUUCAUAAAACAGUGUUAUUAGAUCAUCUUUUGUUGAUAUCCAUUUGUACACUACUUUCGACCGCUUGACACAUUUCUUUGAAGUCUGGCUGCGCCCAACCGUGUGUGGUAGAUGUCUUCUUGGAGUCAGAUUUCUUGGGCGGCGGCACGGCUGGCUUGAAUGCCAUCUCUGAUCCGUCGUACACUUUGAAUAUUUGAGAUGGUGUCCUGAGAAAUAAAGAAUCAUUAUUUUCGUGUACUUCAGGAGAGAA